UUUUAACACCGACCCCAUUUCUUAUCGGCGAAUUUGUCAAUGAAGUCGAGUGAUAUGCCAUCGGCAAGAAGAACUUCGUCGGAGUUGGAUCAAAUGGAGGAGGAGGUGUUGCGAUCGGAGACUACUUUGACGGAUUGAUUAACGGCUCAAUUUGGUUAGAACGAUGAUGCUGCUAUCACAAAUUAAUUUUAGAGUCUAUCUAUCAGAAAUCUAAUUAGACUCAACAGUCAACAGGUGACAUAUAAGAAGUUGAAUCAGUCUUCUUGGUAGUUUCUGUUGGCGGCGGAUUUUGGAAUUGAGUUAUUUGUUUUGCUUGCAUUUCUUCAACUAUGGCAUAUAACACAGUGACAUUGACAACAAAGAAAAAGAAAACGGACGGUAAAUUUGAUGAUGACAAACAAAAAAGAACAAAGAAAAGGAAUCUCAUUGUUAUGCAUGUGACACAAACCAAGAAAUUAAAAAGCCAACUGUAUAGAAAUUGCUUUCUUCUUUUUCUGUUUUUUGUUAAAGAAUUAAUGGCAAAUGUUCUAUAUCUAUCUUGCUCCGCACGCAUUGCUAUUACCGGCAGCUCUCUCUCUAUAUAUGUUUUGGAACUACAAGCGAUCCAAGGAUAGUAAUUUGAGUAUGAAGGAACAAGAAACAGCUUCAGAAGCAGAAGACUACAGCAGUUAUAACAAGCUGUUCUCCUUUGCUGGCUCACUAGACAUACUAUUGAUGGUCUUUGGAACUAUUGCUGCUUUUGGGAAUGGUAUUUGUAUGCCACUUAUGACCAUACUCUUAGGCCAGCUAGUCGAUUCUAUCGGAAAAACUGGAACCACUUCCUCCGCUGUGGCGCAUAACGUCGCUGAGGUAUCUUUCAGGUUUGUCUAUUUGGCAUUGGGGUCUGGUCUUGCAUCAUUUUUUCAGGUGGCGUGCUGGAUGGUCACAGGGGAGAGGCAGGCUGCUCGGAUCAAAAGCUUGUACUUGGAAGCCAUACUGAGGCAGAACAUUGGUUUCUUUGACAAGGAAGCUAAUACUGGGGAAAUUGUUGAGAGAAUGUCUGGUGACACUGUUCUAAUUCAGGAUGCAAUGGGGGAGAAGGUUGGAAAUUUUAUUCAGACGUUGGCUUCAUUUUUUGGCGGCUUUGUAGUAGCCUUUGUUAAGGGGUGGCUUCUCACACUCGUCAUGCUUUCUUUAAUCCCGCCCAUUGUCAUCUCCGCUGCAAUAACCAAUAAGCUUGUAGGCAAACUGGCAUCUCGUGGACUAACUUCCUAUUCAGUUGGAGCAAAUAUUGUUGAGCAAACAAUUGGCUCAAUUAGAACUGUUGCAUCUUUUACUGGAGAGAAGCAAGCUGUUGCUAGCUACAACAAGUCCCUAACAAGAGCUUAUGAGUCUGGCAUACAAGAAGGCUUAGCUGCUGGCAUAGGUUUCGGUACGCUGAUGUUCAUUUUGCUUUGCAGUUAUGGAUUUGCUGUAUGGGUUGGCGGGAGAAUGGUUCUUCACAAUGGCUACACAGGAGGGAAUGUCAUCAAUGUCAUUUUUUCUCUAUUGACCGGUUCCUUAUCUCUGGGGCAGGCAUCUCCAUGCAUGAGAGCAUUUGCUGCUGGACAGGCUGCUGCAGGCAAAAUGUUUAAGGUCAUCAACACGAAGCCAGAGAUUGACACUUAUGACACCGACGGACUAAAAUUGGAAGAAAUCCGUGGAGACAUCGAGUUCAAGGAUGUAUUUUUUAGUUACCCUUCAAGGCCCCAUGAGCAAAUAUUUCGUGAUUUCUCUCUUUCAAUACCUAGCGGUACAAGCAUGGCCUUAGUUGGACAGAGUGGAAGUGGGAAAUCAACAGUGAUCAGUUUGAUAGAGAGGUUUUAUGACCCCCAAGGUGGUGAAGUUCUUAUAGAUGGUAUCAAUCUGAAGGAGUUCCAAGUAAAAUGGAUGAGAAAGAAUAUAGGUCUAGUCAGCCAGGAACCAGUGUUGUUUACUUCGAGCAUUAGAGAAAAUAUAGCCUACGGAAAGGACGCUGCAACUAUAGAAGAAAUAAGAGCUUCUGCAGAGCUUGCUAAUGCUUCUAAUUUCAUAGAUAUGCUGCCCCAGGGGCUAGACACAAUGGUAGGGGAACAUGGAAUUCAAUUAUCUGGGGGCCAAAAGCAAAGAAUUGCCAUAGCCAGAGCAGUUCUGAAGAACCCGAGAAUUUUACUUCUAGAUGAAGCCACUAGUUCUCUUGACACAGAAUCAGAAAGGAUGGUACAAGAGGCUCUCGAAAGGAUUAUGGUCAAUCGAACUACUGUCAUGGUUGCCCAUCGCCUUUCUACAGUGAGAAAUGCGGAUACUAUAGCAGUUAUGCAGAAAGGAAAGAUUGUUCAGAAAGGUUCGCAUUCUGAUUUACUCAAGGAUCUCAAUGGCGCAUACGCACAGCUCAUACAGUUUCAAGAAUUUGGCAAAGAACCAGCACAAAACAUCAUAAAGAGUCCAGGCAGUAGCCAUCAUUCAAUGGAGGCAUCUCCCGCAAUCAUCUCUUAUGGAAAGGUAGCUGCAAAACCACUUGGGACUGCCAUUUCAGAGACAUCAAAAUUGCCUCGGGAAGAUCCUCUUCGCCGCCUUGCCUCUCUUAACCGUCCAGAUAUCCCCGUAUUAUUGCUUGGUGGUAUAGCUUCUGUGGUAAAUGGAAUAAUAUUGCCAAUUUUUGGUUUGCUGCUGGCUAAUAUUAUUAAAACCUAUUAUGAAAAAGAAGAUCAGCUCCGUAGAGAUUCUAGAUUUUGGGCACUUAUGUUUGUCGUAGUUGGUUUGGUGUCCUUAGUUGCCACACCAAUGAGCACAUACUUUUUGGCUGUUGCUGGGUGUAGGUUAAUAAAACGAAUCAGAUCAAUGUACUUUGAGAAAGUGGUCAGCAUGGAGAUAGGCUGGUUUGAUGAAGCCGAGCAUUCAAGCGGUGCAAUCGGUGCAAGCCUCUCAGCAGAUGCAUCUGCAGUGCGAGGUUUAGUUGGAGGCACAUUUUCUUUGCUCAUUCAGAACAUUGCAACAGGGGUUGCUGGUCUGGUCAUUGCAUUCCACGCAAACUGGCAAGUAGCUCUUGUAGUCCUGGCUCUAUUACCAUUGAUGGGUCUCAGUGGAUAUGUUCAGUUGAAGGCCAUGGAGGGAUUCAAUGGAAAUUCAAAGAAAAUGUAUGAGGAAGCAAGUCAAAUUGCCACCGAUGCUAUAAGCAGUAUUAGAACAGUUGCCUCUUUCUGUGCUGAAGGAAAGGUGAUGGAACUGUAUCAGAAGAACUGUGAUGGCCCGUUUAAGGCACGAGUAAGGCGAGCAUUAAUUAGCGGGAUAGGACUUGGGCUAUCUUUCUUUUUUGUUUUCUUUGUGUAUGCAGUGAGUUUUUAUGUUGGAGCUCAUCUUGUGGAUCAAGGCAAGACAACAUUCACUGAGGUUUUACAGGUCUUUUUUGCUCUCAGUAUGGCAGCACUUGGAAUCUCUCAAUCCAGCACUCUUGCACCUGAUGCAAAUAAAGCUAGGAGUUCUGCAGCUUCUAUCUUUGCUGUUCUUGACCAGAAAUCUAAAAUAGACCCCAGUGAUCCUUCCGGAACAAGACUUGAAAACUUGAAGGGAGAUAUUGAGUUUCACCAUGUUAGUUUUAAGUAUCCUAUGAGACCUGAAGUUCAAAUAUUCCAAGAUCUUAACCUAGCUAUUCGUUCGAGGAAGGUGGUUGCUCUGGUAGGAGAAAGUGGGAGUGGGAAGUCAACAGUUAUCUCUUUACUGCAAAGAUUUUACAAUCCUGAUUCUGGAAAAAUUACACUAGAUGGAGCUGAGAUCCAUACGCUGCAGCUGAAAUGGUUAAGGCGGCAAAUGGGGCUGGUGAGUCAGGAGCCUGCGCUCUUCAAUGACAGCAUCAGAGCCAACAUUGCAUACGGAAAGGAAGGAAACGCAACAGAGGCAGAAAUUACGGCUGCAGCAGAAUCAGCCAAUGCUCACAACUUCAUCAGUAGUUUACAACAGGGGUAUGAGACUGUUGUAGGCGAGCGAGGGGUGCAAUUGUCUGGUGGACAGAAACAACGAGUAGCAAUUGCGCGAGCCAUAUUGAAGGCUCCUAAAAUAUUUCUUCUAGAUGAAGCAACGAGUGCCUUGGAUGCAGAGUCUGAGAGAGUGGUUCAAGAAGCAUUAGAAAGAGUGAUGGCCGGAAGGAGCACGUUGGUGAUUGCUCAUCGGUUAUCCACAAUUAAGGGUGCUGACAUGAUUGCGGUGCUGAAAGAUGGAGUAAUAGUUGAGAAAGGAAAACAUCCAAAAUUAAUCAGCUUCAAAAAUGGCAUUUAUGCUUCCUUAAUGGCUUCGCAAUCAAAUGCUUGAAUGUAAGUGCUGCAAGUGUGCUCAUAUUUUUCAUUUUUUUCCGAGUGUGUACAAUUUAUAAGCGGGCAGAAUGAGUGUUGCAGAAUCAGAACGUAUAGUUCAAGAUACACCAGAUCGAGCUGGGGUGAAUAAAACAGCAGUGGUGAUUGCCCAUCAGUUAUCGACGAUAUAUAAUGCAGAUGUCAUUGCAACCUUUAAUUAAUUAAACAUAUUGUUGGGUGGCGCCUCACCUUUUGAAAGGGCA